GAAAAGUAUAACAAAACUCGGCGUUAUUUUUGCCAAUGCAAGAGGAGACCUUUGGAACUGGAACCCGUGCUCCAUUCUUCCCUCCUCGCUUGCGACUCUCAGGGGGUGCCGAGUUCGCGGUUUUCUCUCUUCAGCUUUUUUCGUCGUCUCCGAUGAUGUUCAUCUCAAAGAGCAAAAGGAGACGUUGCUUUCGAUCUUUUUCUUGAUUCCUGAACAAAUGGUGCGUCUUCUUUCCCUGUUUCGAACUCGCUUUUCGUCUAGACAUACUGCAACAAGCCUUUAUGCUUCUUCUCAUAGUAUAACGCGAAUGUCUAGUUACAAUGAUUUCGUGCUGAAGUUCUAUGGUAGUAGAACAGAGAGUGGAAGUCGUGGUUAUGGUUGUGGAGACCUACCCACCUCGGGUUCUGUUCUUUCUAGUUGGCUUAGUGCUAAUUUUAGGGGGUUUUCUACCUCUCAAGAUCCUGCUGGGAAUCCCAAAUGGACUGAUGAAGUCGUGUACUUGGAUGAGUCAGGCGAAGUCAUCGGGUCCGACAAGGGAAUCCGGUCGGUGGAGCCCGGAGUCGAUGAUCAUGUUCUCGUAGGCGGUGUUAGAAAAGCAUUUUCCGACGCUGCCAUCGUCGCGAAAAUCAUUGAAAUUGUUAAAAGAUGGAAAUGGGGACCGGAAAUGGAGGCCCACUUGGACAGGAUUCUUGUCACGCCGAAGAUGGUGCACGUGAAUCAGGCGUUGAGAGGGAUUGCAGAGGUUGAUGACUCGUUGAGUCUGUUCAGAUGGGCCAAGAAGCAGCCUGGAUACAUCUCUAGUGAUGAAUGCUAUGUGAUAUUGUUUGAUAGAUUGAAUCAAUAUGGGGACUUUGAAGGAAUUCGGACUUUGUUUGAUGAGAUGAUUGAGGAGUGUGGUAGUAAAUCAUUUACUGCAUAUAGCAGGGCCAUUCAGCAUCUUGCCCAAGGGGGGAACUUGGAAUUGUCAUUCUGUUGCUUUAAGAAAAUGCAGGAGGCCGGGUGCCAAACUGAUGCACGUACGUAUAAUUCGCUUAUAACACUGUUUCUGAAUAAGGGUCUUCCUUAUAAAGCUUUUGAGAUCUAUGAGAUAAUGGAAAGAGUGGGCUGUUCACUUGAUGGACCAACUUACGAGCUGAUGAUACCAAAUCUUGCAAAAUCCGGACGGCUUGAUGCUGCUUGCAAGCUUUUUGAAGAGAUGAAGCAGAAGUUCAUGCGGCCCAGUGUUGGGAUUUUUGUGUCACUUGUUGAUUCAUUGGGGAAAGCUGGGAGGCUUGAAGGCACAAUGAGAAUGUAUACAGAAAUGCAGGCUGCUGGCAUUAAGCCAUCUGCAACCAUGUUUGUUUCAUUGGUAGAGUCAUUUGCAAAGGCUGGAAAACUUGAGAUGGCUAUGAGGCUUUGGGAUGAGAUGAAACGUUCAGGCUUUAGGCCUAACUAUGGAUUGCAUACCAUGAUGGUUGAAGCACACGCAAAAUCAGGGAAACUAGAGACUGCCAUGUCAAUAUUUUCUGAUAUGGAGAAGGCUGGAUUUCUUCCAACACCAAUCACUUACUCCUGUCUUGUAGAAAUGCAUGCUGCACGUGGGCUAGUUGAUGAGGCAAUGAGGCUCUACAACUCAAUGGCAACUGCUGGUCUUAGACCAAACCUGAGCACAUAUACAUCAGUCUUAACUAUGCUGGCAAACAAGAAACUGGUCGAUGUAGCAGCCAAGAUUUUGUUGGAGAUGAGGUCUGUUGGGUUCUCUGUUGAUGUGAAUGCUAGUGAUGUUCUAAUGAUUUACAUUAAGGAUGGCUCUGUGGAUCUUGCAUUGAGAUGGCUUCGCUUUAUGGGUUCAUCUGGGAUUAAAACAAACAACUUCAUAAUCAGGCAGCUGUUUGAAUCGUGCAUGAAAACUGGGGUCUAUGAGUCGGCCAAACCGCUUCUUGAGACAUACAUAUCUUCGGGUGCCAAAGCAGAUCUCAUACUCUAUACAUCAAUACUAGCCUAUCUAGUAAGGUGCCAAGUCGAGCAGCAAGAAAGGCAGCUCAUGUCAAUCUUGAGCAGUACAAAGCACAAGGCGCAUUCGUUCAUGUGUGGCCUUUUUACUGGAACGGAACAGAGGAAGCAGCCAGUUCUGUCAUUUGUGAGAGAAUUUUUCCAGGGAAUUGAUUAUGGAGUGGAUGAAGGAGCAGCUAGAUACUUUGUUAAUGUGCUUCUUAACUAUUUGGUUCUUAUGGGACAAAUAAAUCGUGCUCGUUGUGUUUGGAAAGUUGCUUAUGAAAACAAGCUUUUCCCCAAGGCGAUAGUAUUUGAUCAGCAUAUUGCCUGGUCUCUUGAUGUCAGAAACUUGUCGGUUGGUGCUGCACUAAUUGCUGUGGUCCACACUCUACAUAGGUUUAGGAAGAGGAUGUUGUACUAUGGAGUUAUUCCUAGAAGGAUAAAACUUGUUACUGGGCCUACAUUGAAGAUUGUGAUAGCACAGAUUCUGAGUACAGUAGAAUCACCUUUUGAGGUCAGUAAGGUGGUUCUCAGAGCCCCAGGUGAUUCUGUGAUGGAAUGGUUUAAAAAGCCAAUCGUGCAACAAUUUCUUCUAAAUGAAAUUCCAUCAAGAUCUGACAUUCUCAUGCACAAACUCAACAUAUUGUUUCCGAGUUCAGCUCCUGAAAUUAGAUCUAGUUCCCCUCCUAGGCCACUGUCUUUGAGAAAGUAAAUCCAAGAUUUGGUUUCUGCAGCAAAACUCUGGUUCAAGGGUCCUAGCCUUGGUUUUCUGAGAUCUACCUGAUACAAGCCUAUGAUUGUUUCAUCAUGUACCUGGAAAGACAACCACCGUGAUCGGUCCUUCACUGCUCAGACAGCCAGGAGCAGCAUCAUCUUUGUCCCUGUAGGAAAUGAAGGUCUCACUUCUGUUUGACGUCAGCCUGUUCUUACAGCUCCUUCCAAGCCUGCAAAAGUACCUACAGCCAACCACUUUCGGCACAUUUAUUAUAUGUGACUGCUGAUUGCUGACUGCUAUUUAUCGAUCCAUUUCAUGCAAUUGGAAAGAAAUUCUAGUCUGU